AUGGUUCUGUCGUUUAUCGCUGCCAUUGUCAGCGCAAUUGUCCACCAUAUCCUCUACUCUUCUCUGAAUGGCCGCUCGGUCACAUACGAUUUCGAACAGCAAUUGGUUACGUCAGCUGGAACUGCCCUGGCUUUCUUCGUUAAGGUGCUCUUGGCUGUCUCGUCCGCCUUAGCAUUUACUCAAUGCCUGUGGUUCUCUUUAAGAUCUCGCUCUGUGAAGAUUCGGACUAUGGAUUCGAUCUUUGGUGUGCUCGGAAACCCCCUUGAGUUUCUUGAUCUGCGAUUUUGGCUGGGUCAUCCCGUGUUAUUUCUUACCGCGGCUACCACUUGGUUGAUACCGCUAUCCGCUAUUUUCACCCCAGCGACUAUCUCCGUUGGCCCGAAAAUUCAUACAACCGCAGUCAUUACGAAUAUCACCCAAAGAGAUCGCUACAUUGCCGAAAAUAUGAACAGACCCACUGAUGGCUUGUGGCAAUAUCCAGGCGUCUCGACCAUGCUGUUCUAUAUGACUCAGCUAACUUUGUUGGAAGCUGCUAUAUUGUCCCUUCCUGGCGGAUCCCCAGCCCAGAACCUCUCAUACCACCUAACCUUUUGCGGCCCUGCGAUACAAUGCCUCCCACCUUCCAACCAAACAAGGUCUUUCAUCUUAUCCGCGAUGGCGGAGUACAUUAACGAGUUCGAAGAGUUUCCCUUCUUCACUUCAUUCUAUCCCGUUGACGGCUUCGGACCCGGCAUCAAUGCGACCUUUUUCGACAACGUCGUCAACGUGAAUGUUGCCGAUACCCAUCAAGGCUUAGAUCUGGUAUCCAGCGACGCCGCAAAGGUUUAUUUUACUUUAUGGGUUGACGAUAACAUGACCGCAAUUCCGGAUGCAAGUGGUAACAUGGAGAUACUUGAGUGUUCCCUCCAUAACGCCUCAUAUAAUGCGCAGGUCGAGCUUCGCGGCAACGGGCAACAGACAAUCUCGGCAGCAAGGACUAUACUGAAGCCUGUACCGGCUGUGGCAUCUCUUCCUGACAGUGUGUCGGAGUCCGAGGCUGCCAAUCUUUUCGAAUACUUUAGUCUCAUGCAGAGCUAUGUUGAUAGCGUGCUUGGGUCGACUACAACAUCCCCUGUCUAUGCCUUGAUUCAAGAUUCACAGCCAGUGCAAUUUACCCAACUAGGGACGAAUCCGGUCCUCAUGCCGUACCUACUUCCAUCUUCUGCGCCUGUUGACUUCAAUCAGUUUACGACGGGUUUGGAGGACAUGUUUCAGAAUUUGACUCUGAGUUAUCGUUUUGCAUCAUUACCAGACACAACCUUGGUACCUGGCACCCCAAAAUUCAACUCCCAUGUGUCUACGCUAGGGACACUCAGCUUCUCCCUGAACACAUUCACCUACAAUCCUCGAACGCUGAUGAUCGCUUACGGUUUAGCAAUCUUCCUAUCCGCGGUAUGUCUAGCAUGCGGCCUCGCAGCCCUUUACAGCAACGGUGCCAGCUAUACCAACAACUUCUCAACGGUGUUGCGCAUGACCCGCGAUCACGGAUUCGGCGAAUUUAUCCAGGACGAACGGGAUUGUACAGGGGCUGACCCUUUGCCGACAAACAUUGCGGACGUGGAGGUUACAUAUGUGGGAGAGGGGACGACAGCCGAAGGCGAUAGAGGCUUUGCGGGCGGGAUUAAGGUGCUUAGGUAA